AUGGCUACAGAAACCAUCACUGCUUCCAUUCGCGUCUACAGCCCAUUCAGAUUGACGGCUUCGACAGGAGAUUGGCUCGACCAACUGGAGUCUCAGGGCUAUGCGGUCGUGAAGGGUGCCGUUCCACCAGAGCGGGCAGAAUAUUACCGGCAGAAAGCGAUCGAAUGGCUCCAGUCCUUUGACCCUGAAUUGAAUCCGAGUGACCCGUCGACCUGGAAGAAGGAGAAGCUCCCAGUUCAGACAGAGAGAAAUACCUACGAGCACUACUCUGUCGUCCAUGAGAAGUUCAUGUGGGAGGCUCGCCAGGAGCCGGGUGUCAUGGAUGCUUUCGCCAGGAUCUGGGGUACGCACGACUUGCUGGUCUCGUUUGAUUCUCUGAAUGUCACUCUGCCCAACCUCAAGACCCCCCGUGCCCCAUGGCCGCAUAUUGACCAAGCCCCUCGAAAGCGCGGGCUGCACUGCAUCCAGGGCAUCAUCAACCUAAGCCACGCCGGUCCCGAAGACGGCUCGCUGGUGGUCAUUCCGGGCUCUUCCAAGCUCGUCGAGGAGUUCUUCGACACAAAGACUGAUCCGUCCAGCUGGGAGUGGAAGGACAACCGCUAUUUCGACGACAAGGACAUGGAAUUCUUCACCAGGCGUGGUCUCAAGCCAAUGAAAGUCCUCGCGGAGCCGGGGGAUUUGAUCCUCUGGGACUCGCGCACCAUUCACUGGGGCGGGGAGCCUACGGAGAAGAGCACCACAACGAGGGCAGUCAUCUACGCCGCCUAUGCCCCGGCGAAGCUGGCAUCAAGGGAGGCCCUCGAUGAGAAGAAGCGAGUCUUCGGCGCGUGGGGAGCCACCACGCACUGGCCGCACGAUAACAUCAAGCUGCGAGAUCUGCAAGCAAGACUACCCGAUGGCACUCCCGACCCUCGACACCGUUCCGAGCCCCUGGAAAAGCCCCAGGUCACCGACAAGGUGCUGCGACUUGCAGGAGUGAUGGCAUAUUGA